AUGCCACCACCACCACCACCACCUGUGUUGGAGACCUGGGCACCGCUCGCUUGGGAGAGUUCCGCAAUUGUCCUUUGGGUUCAGCUGGAAGAAGGCCUGCGCAGGUCCAAUGACAACAGUGCCAUGCAGGUGGAAGAGCAUGGUGAUGUGGGAGUUGUGCACAGCCCCUUCCCUUGCUUACCUGCAAUCAUUGACUUUGUCUUCCACUCGAACGCUGUCGAGGGCGUCCCCGUGGACCUGGACACCACGCAGCGACUGAUAAAAGAGCAUGUACAAAGCACAAAUCAUGGUCCGCAAGUCGACGAGCACAACGUGCCCACUCUCGGCGCUGAUGCCCUUGCUGGCGAUGAUGAUGACGAUGAUGAUGAUGAUGACGACGACGACGUUCAUGUUGUUGCCGACAUUGGUGAUGAAAAGGGCGGCACGGACACACAUCUCGGUACACGAACAACACACGCACUUGACAAGACCACAACUUCAGCACCCAAGAUGACAACCAAGAACGACAGCGCUCGCCGCUUUGUUCUUCAGCAUCUAACUUCGAUGGUGUGGAUCCAACAACAGCCACUGCACGAGCUCUCGACAGAAACCAUCCGCCACUUGCAUCUCAUCCUCAUGGAGGGUCUGGAGGGUGCGGAGGACGGUGUUGACAUGCAGCCAGGCGUGUACCGCACAACCCCAUGCGGAGCGCACGGCGUGGGUGGCCGGCCAGUGCAGUAUGCGGACCAUACCACCAUUCCCCGCCGCAUGGAGCAGCUCGUCACCAGCACAUGCGAACAACUGCAAGCACUUCAUCCUCGCGAGCUCACUCCGGACGUCUUCUACGUUGCUGGCAAGUUUCUUGUCGAGUUUCUAGCCAUCCACCCUUUUGGCGAUGGCAAUGGGCGCUUGGCCCGGCUGCUUGUGCAUUGGAUCCUGUACAAGCACGGCUUCUUGCUGCCACUCUCCUUGGUCAAAGGCAAGCACAAGCGGGCGCGCCGACACUACUUGCAAGUUCUCGAUCGCACGCAGCACCGUAACACAGACGUCUCCCUGGCUGCAACCUACAUCCUCAGCCACGCCGUGCAUGCACUCGACGAGUACCGGUAG